AUGUCCUCGACAAAAGGUCUCGUGCUCGUCACUGGCGCCAAUGGAUUCAUCGGUGCACGCACUGUCGAAGCCUUUCUCGCCAAAGGUUAUUCUGUCCGCGCAGCUGUUCGGGGCAAAUCUUCAGCCUCCAGCCUUCUCUCAGCAUUGCCCGCAUACGCCUCGUCGGGCUCCCUCACAACAGCUAUAGUUCAUGAUAUCACCGCUACUGGAGCAUUUGAUGAUGCGGUUAAAGGCGCGACUGCGAUUGCUCACCUCGCUGCCCCAGUCGACUUUUCCAACAGAGACAUGGACUACGUCAUCAAUGCUUCAGUGCAGGGCACGCUCGGGAUCUUGGAGUCUGCCAUCAAAGAACCUGGAUUGAAGUCUUGUGUUUACAUGUCGUCCAUUGUGACUGUCAGAGGACAAUCGCCGAAGUACCCAGAUAAGGGUUACACAGAGGAAGAUUGGAAUGAUCAAAUCGAAGACGCGCUCUCCAAAGCUGGAGCCACCGCGACGGGGCAUCAGAUCUAUGUCGCAAGCAAACUGAAAGCAGAACGUGCAUUCUGGGAGUUCCGAAAAACGUGUGCAGAUAAAGUCAACUUUACCAUGACAGCCGUCAACCCAGUUUGGGUCGCUGGGCCGCCAUUGAUCCUACCUGAAGACCCCGAGAAGCUCAGCGAGACAGCCAUUGUCGCGUAUCGUAUUAUGAACGGCCAGGAUAUGCCCAGCACGGGCCCUGGAAACGGAACACACGUCGAUGUGCGCGAUGUGGCAAGGCUUAUUGUCUUUGCUGUUGAAAAGAAACAAGUUGCUGACGGUCAACGAUACAUCGUCGGCGGGAAUGGUAAUUACGCCAACAUUCAAGCAUACCGCGACUUGUUGCGAAAGGCAUACCCUGACAGGAAAAAUCUUAUCGGCGAAGUCGAGCCAGGGAAAGACUAUAACCAGGACUACAGCACGCCUGAAGGCGGCUUCUUGGUUGAUGGGAGCAAGGCCGUUCAAGCAACAGGCCAGGACUGGAUUUCGUUUGACCAAAUGACCUUGGAUGCCGCAAAGGCGUAUGAGAGGUAUUUUUAA